CUCAUAUGGUAACUACCCCAGACCCAGAGACCCAAGCAAACAGAGCAGAUUCAUAUCCAUUCACAAAUCACACCACACGUUCAUCACGUUGUUCGUCGUCUUCUUUGCUGCUUCGCAUACCUGAACCCCCUCUCUCUAACCCUAGUGCGUUUUUCUACCUGAUUGGAUUUGUCGUCAAAGAUUUGGAUUAUACCCCCUGCAUUCAACCAAUCAUAGUUCCUCUCAUCUGUGAUCGCAACCACGAUCAAAGAUGCCAUCGGCGUAUGGAGCUCGGUUGACCACCUUCGAAGAUUCUGAGAAGGAGAGCGAGUGUGGUUACGUCCGCAAGGUAUCAGGACCAGUUGUCAUUGCAGAUGGAAUGGCUGGUGCUGCUAUGUAUGAACUUGUUCGUGUUGGACAUGACAACCUUAUUGGAGAGAUUAUUCGUUUGGAAGGAGAUUCUGCUACAAUCCAAGUUUAUGAAGAGACAGCUGGAUUGACUGUGAAUGAUCCUGUUUUACGGACACACAAGCCUCUGUCAGUGGAGUUGGGUCCUGGAAUCUUGGGGAACAUAUUUGAUGGUAUUCAGAGGCCCCUGAAGACUAUUGCAAAAAUAUCAAAUGAUGUGUACAUCCCACGUGGUGUAUCUGUCCCAGCACUUGACAAGGACAUCCUUUGGGAAUUUCAACCCAAGAAAUUAGGUGAGGGAGACCAUGUGACAGGUGGCGAUCUAUAUGCUACUGUAUUUGAGAACAGUCUAGUGGAACAUCACAUUGCUUUACCUCCUGGUGCUAUGGGAAAGAUAACCUACGUUGCACCAGCUGGUCAUUAUUCAUUAAAGGACACUGUUUUGGAGCUUGAAUUCCAAGGUGUCAAAAAGCAAUUCACCAUGCUCCAGACUUGGCCUGUACGUACUCCAAGGCCUGUUGCUUCCAAGCUUGCUGCUGAUACCCCUCUUCUCACUGGACAGCGUGUCCUUGAUGCCCUUUUCCCUUCGGUGCUUGGUGGCACAUGUGCCAUUCCUGGUGCCUUUGGCUGUGGGAAAACUGUUAUCAGUCAAGCUCUAUCCAAGUACUCAAAUUCGGACACUGUUGUUUACGUUGGUUGUGGAGAAAGAGGAAAUGAAAUGGCAGAAGUUCUGAUGGACUUUCCUCAAUUGACAAUGACAUUACCUGAUGGGCGUGAAGAGUCUGUGAUGAAACGUACAACACUUGUGGCCAACACAUCUAACAUGCCUGUUGCUGCUCGUGAGGCUUCAAUCUAUACAGGAAUUACCAUAGCUGAAUACUUCAGAGACAUGGGUUACAAUGUGAGUAUGAUGGCAGAUUCUACCUCUCGUUGGGCAGAAGCAUUGCGUGAAAUUUCCGGUCGAUUGGCAGAAAUGCCUGCUGACAGUGGGUAUCCUGCUUACCUGGCUGCACGUCUGGCAUCCUUUUAUGAACGUGCUGGCAAAGUAAAAUGUCUUGGUGGGCCCGAACGUACUGGCAGUGUCACAAUUGUUGGUGCUGUGUCGCCUCCUGGAGGAGAUUUCUCUGAUCCUGUUACAUCUGCCACCCUCAGCAUUGUUCAGGUUUUCUGGGGUCUUGAUAAGAAACUUGCCCAGAGGAAACAUUUUCCUUCUGUUAACUGGCUUAUCUCCUAUUCAAAAUACUCAACGGCUCUGGAAUCAUUCUAUGAGAAAUUUGAUUCGGAUUUCAUCAACAUUAGGACAAAAGCUCGUGAGGUGUUGCAGAGAGAAGAUGACCUGAAUGAGAUUGUCCAGCUGGUGGGUAAAGAUGCAUUGGCUGAAACGGAUAAAAUUACCUUAGAAACUGCUAAACUUUUGAGGGAAGACUAUCUUGCUCAGAAUGCUUUUACACCAUAUGAUAAAUUCUGCCCAUUCUACAAAUCUGUGUGGAUGAUGCGCAACAUAAUCCAUUUCUAUAAUCUGGCCAAUCAGUCGGUGGAGAGAGGAGCUGGUAUGGAUGGGCAGAAGAUCACAUAUACAUUGAUUAAGCAUCGGUUGGGUGAUUUGUUUUAUCGUUUGGUGUCUCAGAAGUUUGAAGAUCCGGCUGAAGGAGAGGAUGUGCUAGUUGGGAAAUUUAAGAAGCUAUAUGAGGAUUUGACUGCUGGUUUCCGCAACUUAGAGGAUGAGACCCGGUAAAUGGACACAUACACAGACACAACACAGACGCACACAAAAUUUAAGUUAUGUGAAGAGUAAAGCGGCAUGGGAAUGGGGUUGUGUUGAAAUAAGCAUAGAGCACAUGUAGAAAUUUGAAUACGAUUGUAUUAUUACUGCUACUACUACUUUUGCUAGUAUUAUUGUUACUAUUAUUUAUUUUUAUUUUGUAUUUUAUGUUAAUGGAAUAAGAAUCGAGGCCUUUUGUUGGAUGGGA